CAAAAUAACGCCAAGUCGCCAACGAAAACAGAUUUCUCUCUGGAGUUGUCAAAAAAUUGAAACAAAAAUGAUUUGCGGAGCAAAGAGAAAAAGGAUUCUUCUUUGAAAAAUAGUUUUGAAAUUUAUAGAAUUAAAAAACUGAUGAAGUCAUGAAAAAGGAGAAAACAGCCGACAAUAGUCGGCCCUAUAAAUUAGCUCAUCAAAUUUUGAGUUUAACGGGAAUUAAUUUCGACAGGCGGAGCAUUAUUGGUUUCGUUGAACUAACGAUAAUUCCAUUAAAAGACACAUUAAGAUGUAUUCAAGUGAAUGCGAAACAAUGCAGAAUUUAUCGUGUCUCACUCAACGACACUGUGGAGGCACCUUUUCAAUAUUUCGAUCCAUUUCUCGAUAUUUGUCAGGGCGACAUCGAGCAACGUUCGCUGGAGGCGUUCUCGAAGCAACAUCUUGCAGCGGCGCAAAAAGUCGACCCCGACAACAAUGCUGGUGAAUUAAUGGUCCAAGUGCCACCGCACGCCGCACAUUUGAUCGCCGAGGGACGUCCGCUUCGUAUUGGCAUUGAAUUCUCCCUGGAGAAUCCUCAGGGUGGUAUUCAUUUUGCUCUAGUGCCGAAGAAAAGUGAUCAGGACACGCGUACACACGCCGAACGCGGUUCACACAUGUACACCUAUAGCUACGAGAAUUCCUCGCGUCUUUGGUUCCCCUGUGUCGACUCAUUCGCCGAGCCUUGCACCUGGAAACUCGAAUUCACCGUCGACGUGUCGAUGAUCGCAAUUUCGUGCGGCGAUCUCGUCGAGACAAUAUACACGCCCGAUAUGCGUCGCAAGACAUAUCACUACGUUCUCAAUACACCGGCGAGCGCACCAAAUAUCGCGAUGGCCGUCGGUCCGUUCGAGGUCUACGUGGAUCCGAAUAUGCACGAGGUCGCUCACUUCUGUCUCCCGCAAUUGCUCCCUUCGUUGAAGGUUUCCGCGAAAUAUGUCCACGAGGCCUUUGAAUUUUACGAGGAGACGCUUUCGAACCGCUAUCCGUAUUCUUGUUACAAGCAGGUAUUCGUCGAUGAACUCGACGAGAACAUCAGUGCCUACGCGACUAUGAGUAUUUUAAACACAAACCUCCUUCAUUCGUCGCCGAUUAUCGAUCAGGUUUACCUAACGAAACGCGCGAUGGCCCAAGCGAUUGCGGAACAAUUCUUCGGCUGCUUUAUUUCGAUGCAAAAUUGGUCCGACACAUGGUUGCCGAAAGGCAUCUCCACCUACCUCACGGGAUUGUACGCGAAAAAGUGUUUCGGAAAUAACGAAUAUCGGGAUUGGAUUCAGUCGGAAUUGAUGGAAGUGGUAAAGUAUGAGGAACAAUUCGGAGGGAUUAUUCUAGAUCCGUCUCAACCACCAGCGCCGUUGCCGAUAGCUGGGAAUGCCCCGAUCCCCCAGCCUAGGACUCCGGAUCCAGGUUUUUAUUUUCCGAUCCGAAAUCUCCAUACAAUGUCGCCUAGGUAUCUGGAAGUGCUGCGCAAGAAGGCGCAUCUCGUGAUACGCAUGCUUGAGCAUCGUAUCGGCCAGGAACUGCUGCUCCAAGUGUUCAAUAAACAACUAUCCCUAGCUGCUAAUGCGGCCCAACAGCGUAUAGACUCAGGCCUUUGGUCCCACAUGCUCAUUAGUACGAACGUCUUCACAAAGGCGAUUUUCACCGUCACUGGCAAGGACAUGGCUGUGUUUAUCGAUCAAUGGGUCCGGACGGGCGGUCACGCGAAGUUUAAUCUCAGCUUCGUGUUUAAUCGGAAAAGGAACACGGUCGAGCUGGAGAUCCGGCAGGACACGACUCAUCAGCAUGGUAUCAGGAAAUACGUCGGACCGUUGUUGGUUAACAUUCAGGAACUGGAUGGUCCGUUUAAACAUACGUUGCAGAUUGAGGGCACGGUCGCGAAGGCGGAUAUUACCUGUCAUAGCAAGAGCAGACGGAAUAAGAAGAAGAAGAUCCCACUUUGUACGGGGGAGGAAGUUGACAUGGACCUGUCCGCUAUGGACGACUCUCCGGUUCUUUGGAUUCGGUUAGACCCCGACAUGACACUUUUGAGGGCGGUUCAGAUCGAACAACCGGAUUAUCAGUGGCAGUAUCAGCUGCGACACGAACGGGACGUUAUGGCACAGACGGAGGCGAUCACGGCUUUGCAGAAUCAUUCUACGCCUGCUACGCGGUUGGCACUCACUGAUACUAUAGAGAACGAGCACUGUUACUACAAGGUCAGACUCCGGGCGGCUCACUGCCUGACAAGAGUAGCUAACGCAAUGGUCGCCACUUGGGCCGGUCCGCCCGCUAUGUUGGCCAUCUUCCGCAAACUCUUCGGCUCUGCUUCGUGCCGUAGGAUUAUCAAACAGAACAACUUUCAGAACUUCCAACACUAUUUCCUGCAGAAGACGAUUCCGGUCGCUAUGGCGGGUCUUCGGAACGCUCACGGGAUAUGUCCGCCAGAAGUCCUUUCGUUCCUAAUGGACCUAUUUAAGUAUAACGAUAAUUCGAAGAACCGUUACUCGGACAACUAUUACCGGGCCGCUUUGAUAGAAGCCCUGGGCUCUACAGUCACGCCCGUAAUCAGUGUCCAAACGGCAAUCACAGCCGAAUCGCUCUCUAUCGACACGAAAGCAAUUCUGGAAGAGGUCACUCGACACCUGAACCUGGAAAAGCUUCUCCCUUCCUACAAAUAUACGGUUAGCGUCGCAUGUCUGAAAGUUAUUCGCAUUCUCCAAAAGUACGGUCACUUACCUAGCAAUCCGCACAUCUUCCGGGCCUACGCAGCUUAUGGUCAGUUCCUAGACGUUCGCAUCGCGGCUCUAGAAGCUUUAGUCGACUUCACGAAAGUUGACGGCAAAUGGGAGGACCUACAGUUCCUGUUAAACAUCGCCAAGAAUGACAAACAUCCCGGAGUUCGUCACCGAUUAGUCCGACUCCUGGUGGACCAUCCGCCCUUCGAACGAGCGCACAAACACUCCCUGGACAAACCCGACCUGGUCGAAACCGUCUGGGGGCUAAUCAACAACGAACUAUCCCACGACGCGAAACUCCGCUGCGAUUGGGUCGAUUUCUACUACACGCUCUACGGCUCCAAACGUCCACUUUGUCUCCCGAUCAAGGAGUUGGAGUUCCUGUUCAAGCCGAAGAAGGUCGAGAAAACUCCGGAACGGGAAAUAAAGGCUGAAAUUAAGACCGAAGUCCCCGAACCAGAGAAUAGCAAUAAACGAAAAGCCUUGUCCUCAUCACCUGACAAGGAACUGACUGAACCAGAUCUGAAAAGGGUAAAGACGAUUGAGAAGGUAAUUGAGGUGACGAAAGUGAAGGAACCGCCGAUAACGUUACCGACAGACGGUAAGGUGAAGGAAUUCUACAGCGAUAAUUCGGCGUCACUUCCUGGUAUUACGGAGAGUCAGGGACCGAUUGGAUUUGAGCCGGGUAUGUUCAAGAAGGAUGAGGAGCAGAAGAAGAGCGAGGGUAAGAGUGAGAGUGUGAAGGGGAAGAAGAAGAAGAAGGAUAAGAAGAAGCAUAAGCAUAAACAUCGGCAUAAGCAUGAUCAUAAGCAUGGUAAGGAGAAGGAGAAGAAGGAGAAGGGGGCGAAGGAUAAGAAAGAGAAUAAGGAGCAGGGUUUGAAACUUAAGGAAGAGACGCUGAGUUCCGCGAGUUCGAGUCCAAGUCCAGAUGCAACGACAUCGACGAGUGAAUUUAAUUUUCCUACCUGAGAGAAUACCUUAGAGAAUUGGUUUGUACAGUGACUUUUGGAGAGUGUGUAUAGUUAUUUUCUAGGUAGUUUUUUCUUCGUACUUUUUUUUUAGGUUAUGUUCUGGUUUUUUUUUGGUAUACUUAAUUGUAAUGUAUUUUAAUAUAUUGAAAAAUAUAAUGAUAAGACAAAGAG